UUGCUAUUGCUAUUAAAUAUCGUUUUUAAUUCUUAUUAAAUGAAUAAAAUGCAUUGAGUUCAUAGAAAACACAAAGUUAAUUUUAGGCCAUCUCUACACUGCAAAUCUCUUUUGGAAAGAUUAUAUCUUGCACUUUAAGGGACAUAAACAAAUCUAUUUAAAUACCCAAAUAUAAAAAAUGGAACAAAGUUCUCUUUGAAUUACUCCUUUAAGUUCAUCAAUAAUAUUCUACAACCAUCCCAUUGGACUAUGAAAGAGCAUCUAAGGAAUUACCCAAAGGCUUUAUGUAUUCAUGAGCUUUGCAGAUAGUAAAAUCGGAUCUUAAAAUGUGAAGAUUGUAUUUGCCUCAUCUAUUUUAUUUACUGUUUUGUUUAAAUUAAAUGAAGGAUUAUUGAAGGUCAAGAUGGAAACCCAGAAAAGGUUAGGGAACGUGGUUUAAGCUAUUCAAAUGAUUGUGUUUUCUCCUAAUGAAACAUUGCAUUCUUCUUUGCUUCCUGUAGCUUAGUCAUCCAGUGGAGAUUUGUCAGCAGGGUUCAAAAGCAGAUGAAUGCAUUUCUUGAGGGAUUUACAGAACUCCUGCCCACCGACUUAAUUAAAAUUUUCGAUGAAAACGAAGUGGAGGUUCAAACGGUCCUCAGCUGUUUACAAUAGAGCAAUGGGGAAGCCCUGAGAAGUUACCCAGAGCUCACACCUGCUUUAAUCGCCUUGACUUACCUCCGUAUGACUCUUUUGAAGAAUUGCGAGAGAAACUUCUAAUGGCCGUUGAAAAUGCUCAAGGAUUUGAAGGAGUGGAUUAAGUGGGCGCCUCCUCCUGCUGCUGCUUCUUCAUCUUGUUAUUCUUCUUCUUGUUAUCUUAUUAGUAAAACAAAGAUUCUGUUCUCGGAGCAAGUUCUGCAAGCACUUUUUGAUUUUCCAGCAGACUUUUUUCAGGAUAUGGAGCAGAACGAUUGCACAAUGGAGCGAUGUCUGAAUCCAGCAAUGGGAAAUAACUUUCUUUCACUUGUGGAUAGUAUUUCUGAAAUUUCCACAACAAAUUACCCACUGGUUGAUGUAUACUCCAAUGACAUUUCAGCAGGACUUGUCUAUUUAUGUCGUGCCUCUGUAGGCAAAAGCCCUUAAUAAAUGUUUUACAUACUU